AUGUCAGCCUUGGUAAAACCUAUCCCGGCCCUCUACACGGUCUACAUCCUGCGAUCCUCCGUGCGGCACGCGUCCCUCUACAUUGGUUCCACACCAAACCCGCCGCGCCGGCUGAAGCAGCACAAUGGAGAGGUGAAAGGAGGCGCCGCGCGCACGUCGCGCCCGAGUUUGAGGCCCUGGGAAAUGGUCGCCAUCGUCUCGGGCUUCCCUGGCAUGCUGGCUGCCCUAAAGUUUGAGAAGAAGAACGGCCAGCCCAAACGCCCUCGUCAGAGCCUCACUUCGGUGCUUUCGAACCUGCAUCUCCUCCUUGGCGUACCUAGCUUCGUAAGGUGGCCUUUAACGCUCCAUUUCUUCCACAAGGAUGCGCAUAAAGCGUGGAAGGCUUGGCUGGCCGAGAGCAACGACCUUGUUCCUACGAACCUUGUUAUCGAGACGGACUUUGGCCCGUCUACGGCGACAUCCGCACCGGAGCCAGUCGGCGGAGAGUCGUGGGGUAUCCAUGCCUUGGCCGUCAACUAUAAGCCGCUCCGAAACUACGUUGAGAAGACGAACUCUAUCUUUUCAUUUGAAAGGGAGGGGAUUGCGUGCACUGCGGACAAGAUAUGCCCACCGGCCAAGGGCUUUACGCCGUCUGUCCUAAUCACGACUGCGAAGCCGUGGGCCAUAUCACGUGCUGGAGCAACCAUCUUCUGUCUGGAGAGGGCCCUCAAGACGCAGUGGUCCCUAUCCAAGGCGAAUGUCCCUCCUGCAAGGGGCAGCUGA